CACAGAUGCAGCAUUGAAGUGAAAACUUUGAACGACAACUGCAAAGUGAUUUCCGAGUUCACCUACACUGUUCCUGAGGCAACUGGGAAGAUAUGCCUUGCUCGACUGGGCCCUCAGUUUACGUUGGACGUAGCAGGAAUGCGAAUAUAG